CUCAAACUGAUCUUGUAGGUGGGAUUCAAAGAAGCACACGGGCUAUGUCGGUUUAAAGAAUCAGGGAGCGACUUGUUACAUGAACAGCCUGCUGCAGACUUUAUUUUUCACAAACCAACUACGAAAGGCUGUGUACAUGAUGCCAACAGAGGGCGACGAUUCAUCCAAAAGCGUCCCUUUAGCAUUGCAAAGAGUGUUCUAUGAAUUACAGCACAGUGAUAAGCCCGUAGGAACAAAGAAGCUGACCAAGUCGUUCGGGUGGGAAACGUUAGAUAGCUUCAUGCAACAUGAUGUUCAAGAGCUCUGUCGAGUGUUGCUUGAUAAUGUGGAAAAUAAGAUGAAAGGCACGUGUGUAGAAGGCACCAUACCUAAAUUAUUCAGAGGCAAGAUGGUGUCAUAUAUCCAGUGUAAAGAAGUAGACUACCGAUCUGAUAGAAGAGAAGAUUAUUAUGAUAUCCAGCUGAGUAUAAAAGGAAAGAAAAAUAUAUUUGAAUCAUUUGUGGAUUAUGUGGCAGUAGAACAACUAGACGGUGACAAUAAAUAUGAUGCCGGGGAGCAUGGCUUGCAGGAAGCAGAGAAAGGUGUGAAAUUCCUAACAUUGCCACCAGUGUUACACCUACAACUGAUGCGAUUUAUGUAUGACCCUCAGACGGACCAAAAUAUCAAGAUCAACGAUAGGUUUGAGUUCCCCGAACAGCUACCACUUGAUGAAUUUUUACAAAAAACGGAUCCUAAAGACCCUGCAAAUUAUAUUCUUCAUGCAGUCCUGGUUCAUAGUGGAGAUAAUCAUGGUGGACAUUAUGUGGUUUAUCUAAACCCCAAAGGGGAUGGCAAAUGGUGUAAGUUUGAUGAUGACGUGGUGUCCAGGUGUACAAAAGAGGAGGCCAUCGAGCACAACUACGGGGGCCACGACGAUGACCUCUCCGUGCGGCACUGCACCAACGCCUACAUGCUGGUUUAUAUCCGGGAGUCGAAGCUCAGUGAGGUUUUACAAGCUGUCACCGACCACGAUAUCCCUCAGCAGUUGGUGGAACGAUUGCAAGAAGAGAAGAGGAUCGAGGCUCAGAAGCGGAAGGAGCGGCAGGAAGCCCAUCUCUACAUGCAGGUGCAGAUUGUUGCAGAGGACCAGUUUUGUGGCCAUCAAGGAAAUGAUAUGUACGAUGAAGAAAAAGUGAAAUACACCGUGUUCAAAGUGUUGAAAAACUCCUCGCUUGCUGAGUUUGUCCAGAACCUCUCUCAGACCAUGGGAUUUCCUCAAGAUCAGAUUCGACUGUGGCCCAUGCAGGCGAGGAGCAAUGGCACCAAACGACCGGCCAUGCUGGAUAACGAGGCCGACGGCAGCAAGACGAUGAUUGAACUCAGUGAUAAUGAAAACCCUUGGACAAUAUUCCUGGAAACAGUUGAUCCGGAGCUGGCUGCUAGUGGAGCAACGUUACCCAAGUUUGAUAAAGAUCAUGAUGUGAUGUUAUUUUUGAAGAUGUAUGAUCCCAAAACACGGAGCUUGAAUUACUGUGGGCAUAUCUACACACCAAUAUCCUGUAAAAUACGUGACUUGCUCCCAGUUAUGUGUGACAGAGCAGGAUUUAUCCAAGAUACUAGUCUUAUCCUCUAUGAGGAAGUUAAACCGAAUUUAACAGAGAGAAUUCAGGACUAUGACGUGUCUCUUGAUAAAGCCCUCGAUGAGCUAAUGGAUGGUGACAUUAUAGUGUUUCAGAAGGAUGACCCUGAAAAUGAUAACAGUGAAUUACCCACUGCAAAGGAAUAUUUCAGAGAUCUCUACCACCGUGUCGAUGUGAUUUUCUGUGAUAAAACAAUCCCCAAUGAUCCUGGAUUUGUGGUUACAUUAUCAAAUAGAAUGAAUUAUUUUCAGGUGGCAAAGACAGUUGCUCAGAGGCUCAACACCGACCCGAUGCUGCUCCAGUUCUUCAAGUCUCAAGGUUAUAGGGAUGGCCCAGGUAAUCCUCUUAGACAUAAUUAUGAAGGUACUUUAAGAGAUCUUCUACAGUUCUUCAAGCCUAGACAACCUAAGAAACUUUACUAUCAGCAGCUUAAGAUGAAAAUCACAGACUUUGAGAACAGGCGAAGUUUUAAGUGUAUAUGGUUAAACAGCCAAUUUAGGGAAGAGGAAAUAACACUAUAUCCAGACAAGCACGGGUGUGUCCGGGACCUGUUAGAGGAAUGUAAAAAGGCUGUGGAACUCGGCGAGAAGGCAUCAGGGAAACUUAGGCUGCUAGAAAUUGUAAGCUACAAAAUUAUUGGUGUGCAUCAAGAAGACGAACUACUAGAAUGUUUAUCUCCUGCGACAAGUCGAACAUUUCGAAUAGAGGAAAUACCUUUGGACCAGGUAGACAUAGAUAAGGAAAAUGAGAUGCUGAUCACAGUGGCACAUUUCCACAAAGAGGUGUUUGGGACGUUCGGGAUCCCGUUCUUGCUGAGGAUACACCAGGGCGAGCAUUUCAGAGAAGUGAUGAAGCGGAUUCAGAGUCUGUUAGACAUCCAGGAAAAGGAGUUUGAAAAGUUUAAAUUUGCUAUUGUGAUGAUGGGCCGACACCAGUACAUAAAUGAAGAUGAGUAUGAAGUAAACUUGAAAGACUUUGAACCUCAGCCUGGUAACAUGUCUCAUCCUCGGCCUUGGCUAGGGCUCGACCACUUCAACAAAGCCCCAAAGAGGAGUCGCUACACAUACCUGGAAAAGGCCAUUAAAAUCCAUAACUGACUUCCUCCCCUGGCGGGCGGGCGAGGCGGACCUCGGUGGGUGUGCCCUUUAACAACAGCCAAGAACUCUGGUGCGCGAGCACUGUCCCAGGUCUUCAGCAAGAGGAUUUGCUGCUGGUGUUAAUUUUAUUUUGUUGAGGCUGUUCAGUUUGGCUUCUCUGUAUCUAUUGAUUGCCCUUUUUGAGCAAAAUGAAGAAGGUGUUUUUAUAAAGCUUGGAUGCCAAUGAGAGUUAUUUUAUGGUAACCACGAUGCAAGGCGCUGUCAGCGUGUCGGGGAACAGCUGGCGGGCGCGGCGCUGGACAGGCUCGGCUGUCCCCCGCCCCGGGGCCCAGCCGCCAGCCCCACAGCUAGUAAGUCUUCUGUUUAGGCUCGUCUGACGUCUUUCCCUCAAUUAUACUUUCAAUGACCUUUUUGUGCAUCUGUAAAGGCAAAACAGAGAAACUCACAACCUAAUAAAUAGCGCUCUUUCCUUCA